CUUGAGCAUCCCGGGUAAACCCGAGCUUGUAAAGUGGGAAGAGGAGGAGGUGAGGGGGGGAAGAGGGGCGGGCACAAGCCUUUCCUCAAAGUCAAUAUUUUAUACUUUUGAUACUCCUUGACGCUGGAUUUCAGUCCUCUUUCCCCAGCCGUUUCUAGAUCUAGGACACCGAUCUACCGGGUGCUGCCAUCUACGGUGUGAUAAAAAGUAUCCGGCAGAAGGCAAAAACAAACAGCGAUCCGGGGCAGGCAGAUAAUGGGAGUACAGUAAGCGCCGCGGCGGGGAACGAGUACAGUGGACGAUCUAGGGGAUCUUUUUUGCCCCUAAAGGAAGACGUGCAGUACUCCAACGCCGCACAAAGUGCUGACCUGUCUCGCGGAUGCAUGUUAGAAGACAAUCAGAGGAGCUCGGUCAGUACAAAACGUCAAAUGGAUAUACCUGAAGACGCAGUAACUUCAGCUUCAUCCUCCACGACCAGCUCCACUUUUUCCCUGCAGGACACCGCUCUCUGAGAAAUUACCCCGCGUUAACAUCUCCCACCCAACCCCCUGCAACACUAUGGUCAAAGUGUAUGCUGAGAUUAAUCUCUGUAACAUUAUCCGCCUCUCCACCCACCACCCAUCUUCCUCAGGGAGCCAGCCGUCAAAACAAGAAAGUGCCCCUCUUUCGGAUGUGUGGGGACCGUCAAUAUCUGUGAAGAGACACUGAGCGAAAGUUACAGCCGACACAUCCCGUCAUUUAGGGAGUUUAUAAGCCUGGGGGCGAGUUGUGUCAACUGACCUGCACCUCUCCUUUCACAGUACAGCAGUAUGGCGUUAGGGAUGUUCACUAUUUCCUUAUGAUCACCGCUCCAUGCGCCUCAAUUCUCCUCUGAGCUCCGUGGCCCCCCUCACCCCGUGCCGGACCCCGCUCCAAACACCCCCCAGCCUGCCAUGCUCCUCCUAGCCGUGUUUCUGCUGCUGCUUCGCUGCUUGGCCUCAACGCUGGGCCAGUACGAACUGUGCAAGUCCCUGGUGAGCACGGAUGAGGGCUCGGUGUGGGAGCAGUACGCGUGCCAGCCGAAAAGCGCGUCCAUGAAAGACUACAUGCGGAUCAAGGUGGAUCCACCCGGAAUCACUUGUGGAAACCCGCCCGAGAGGUUCUGCACUCUGGAGAACCCAUACCUGUGCAGUGACGAGUGUGAUGCCUCAACCCCAGACUUGGCCCACCCUCCUCAGCUAAUGCAGGACAAAGAACGCACAGGUCUCCUCACCUACUGGCAGACAGUCACAUGGAGACGCCACCCAGAGCCCCUGCUGGCCAACAUCACCAUGUCCUGGAACAAGAGUCUGGAGCUCACAGACGACAUCCUGAUCACCUUUGAGUACGGCCGUCCUACCAUCAUGGUACUGGAUAAGUCCAUGGACCACGGACGUUCCUGGCAGCCCUACCAGUUCUACGCUGACGACUGCAUGGACACCUUCAAAAUGCCACCCAAACGUGUGAGUGACCUCUCACCCGCCAACGUCACGCGGGUCAUGUGCACCGAGCAGUACUCGCGCUGGGUCGGCUCCAAGAAUGACAAGAAUGUGAAGUUUGAGGUGCGGGCGCGCUUUGGUGUGUUUGCAGGACCACGGCUACAGAACAUGGACAACCUGUACACUCGCAUGGAAAGUAUGAAGGGAUUGAGGGACUUCUUCACCUUCACCAACCUUAGGAUGAGGCUUCUCAGGCCCGCUCUCGGAGGCACUUAUGUCCAGAGAGACAACCUGCUCAAGUACUUCUAUGCCAUCUCCAACAUCGAGGUACCUGCCAGGUGUAAAUGUAACCUCCACGCCUCCCAGUGCCUGCUGCAGGAUGGGAACCUCCAGUGCCAGUGUGAACACAACACCACCGGCCAGGACUGCCAGCGGUGCAGGAAGGGCUUCAAAGCCAAGUCCUGGAAGGCUGGUUCCUACCUGCCAGCACCCAAUGGAACCCCCAACACCUGUACAAUUGCUGGCUCCCCCUCCGGUUCUAACACAACAGCUCCACCAGCAGAAACCAGAGUUACAGACAACUCAACGCCUCUAACAGACAACGUGUUACACACCAGGCCUUUGUCUGAGCCUUCACUGGUACCCCUGGGAGAAUCUGACACACUUCUCGUUACAGCAGAGGUUCACCCUCCUUCAGCAUCCUCUGCGUCAGAGGAGUACCGAGUGUCCCUGACACCAGAGGAGUUCACACCUUUAGAGACAAUCCCUGAACAUUCACAUCUGUCUCAUCCAGCCCCAAAGGAGUCAACACAUCAUUCAGGUGUUGAUCAUCAUCAUCACCAUCUACAACCACUGACAAUAGAGUCCGUCCUGACUCAUCUUCACCAUCAUACAAGCCUGCACAAAACUGAGGAAAAACACUCAGAGCCGAGGCAUAGUGAGCAAGGAGUCUCCCACAAGUCUGAGGGACACAAACAUGAGACUCAUGCCCACAAAACAAUAUCCUCAUCGUGGCACAAGGAGGAGGAGAAAAAGAAGAAAGAAAGAAUAACUAAAAAGACAGCCCCCCUCAAGUCUGAGGAACACAUACAUGAGAGUCAUGGCCACAAAACAACAACCUCAUCUGAGCACUGGGAGGAAACAAAAGCCGAAGAGAAAGUUUCCCACACAUCUGAGGGCCAUGUACAUGAGACUCACAGCCACGUACAAGAGACUCACGGCCACGCACAAGAGACUCAUGGUCAUGUAUAUGCGACUCACGGCCACGUACAAGAGACUCAUGGCCACGUACAAGAGACUCACGGCCAGGUAAAAGAGACUCACGGCCAGGUACAAAAGACUCACGGCCAGGUACAAGAGACUCACGGCCACUUACAAGAGACUCAUGGCCACUUACAAGAGACUCAUGGCCACAUACAAGAGAUUCAUGGCCACGUACAAGAGACUCAAGGACACGUACAAGAGACUCAUGGCAAUGUACAAGAGGCUCAUGGCCACGUACAAAAGACUCAUGGCCACGUACAAGAGGCUCAUGGACACAUACAAGAGGCUCAUGGACACAUACAAGAGGCUCAUGGACACGUAAAAGAGACUUCUGGCCAUGCAUAUGCAACUCAUGGCCACGUACAAGAGACUCAAGGACACGUACAAAAGACUCAUGGCCACAUACAAGAGACACAAGGACACGUACAAGAAGCUCAUGGACACAUACAAGAGACUCCUGGACACGAACAAGAGCCUCAUGGCCACGUAUAUGCAUCUCAUGGCCACGUACGAGAGACUCCUGGACACGAACAUGAGAUUCAUAGGUACGAACAUGAAACUUAUGGCCACAAAACAACUUCAUCAGAGCAAGGGGAGGAAAGAAAAUCUGAAAGCAAAGUCUCCCACAAGCCUGAGGGAAACGUACACGAGACUCAUGGCCACAAAACAUCAUCUGGCCACAGGGAGGAGGAAAUAAAAGCAGAAAGGAAAGUCUCCCAUCCUUUUAUGGGACACUUACAUGAGACUCAUGGACACAAAACAACCUCAUCUGGGUAUGGAGAAGACCAGCAUAAAGAAAGAAAAGUGUACCACAAACCUGAGUGGGAAAGAGGGAGUCAUGAGACCCCAAAACACACUUCAGGGAUAGAGGAUAAAGAAAGAGAGAAACAGAAAGGGCUUCUGAAACUUUUGAUCUCAGGAGAGUCCCAGGCCAGACAGUUGUUUGGGAUCAUAUACGAUGAUUUCAGAGACUGUGAGUGCUACGGCCACUCCAACCGCUGCAGCUACAUCGACUACCUGAACAUCGUCACAUGCGUCAGCUGCAAGCACAACACCAGGGGCCAGAAUUGCCAACACUGCAGACUGGGAUACUUCCGCAACGCCUCUGCCGAACUGGAUGACGAGAGCGUCUGCAUCGAGUGCAACUGCAACCAGAUGGGUUCUUUUCAUGACCGGUGUAACGGCACAGGCUACUGCCAGUGUAAAGAUGGGGCCACGGGGGCCAAGUGUGACGACUGCCUGCCAGGAUACUACUGGAAACAAGGCUGUUACACUAACGUUUGUGACGAGGAGAUGCUCCUGUGCCAGAACGGGGGAACAUGCUACCAGAGCCAGAAGUGCAUCUGUCCUCCAGAGUUUAAGGGGGUACUGUGCCAACAGUCCCGCUGCGAGGCGGGCAAGGACUGCAACGCCGCCUCUUCCCUGCACCUUACCACAGUCACCCUGCUGCUCUGCACUCUGCUCACCCACCUGCUGGCCACGUUAACUCCCCACUGAGCCACGAAAACCCCCUCACACCUUGAAGUGUGUGUAUAUGUGUGGUAUGUGUACUUGAGGUGAGGGGUGACCCAGAGUGGGAACGGCCGCCCCCAGUCGUGGACCCAAUGAGCACACACCACAGCACUCGCAAAAGCACACACACUUAUGCAACACAAACGAGCCCCAAUUUCCUUUCAAACACACACACACACAAAUACACAGGACUAUUAUGAUACUGAGUGUGUGCUCAGGUGUGAGAAGGACAAAGACAGAAAAAAGGGGAGCGACCUCAGAAAAAAAAGAUGCAGACGAAGGGGGGGGGGAUUAUACCAACCACUGUUCCCUUUAUUCCAGAGCUGGAGCAAUGUGCAUCAAACCAAAAAGCAUAAACAAAACACUUAAAUCAUCACUGUUUCACUUCUAAGGGAAUGGCUGUUGUACCCACAAGGACCUUUUGUUUCUAGGUUUUUUUCUCUUGGUUGAUUUAAGGAUCUCACCUCUGCUUGACUGACGACCAAGGCGUGUGUGUGGUCAGAAAAUACGAGACACAACAAACGAUACGGGAGGCGAGGUGCGCGCUUGAUCCUGCUGCUGAGGCCUACAUAAUAUAUUAACCAGGUUUCAUUUCUUCUAAAAAGAUGAGACUUGAUUUUACAUUGGUUCUAUUUCUGCUGCAUUCUUUUAUUUUGAUUAUAUCUUCAGUCAGUGUAUCUAAUGUGCCCACUAACAGUCGCUGAGAUUAUACAUAUUAUAUAAUAUCCAGGGGGUUACAAAUUAUAAAAAAUUAGUCACUAUUAUGGUUGUUAUAGGAAUGAGUGAUUGUUGCCACAGUUAGCAAGAUUUAAUCUUCACACAGUAUUCAGGAAGCAGAAUUUAACAGAAUUUAACUUAUCAGAAGUCUAAAAGAGAGAGAAAAGAUAUUGACCACGUAUCAAUGUUAUAUGACAUUAUUUGAAUAUUUUUUGUAGAAAUUAUUUUUGUUUGGAGUUACAAUAAAUUAUAAAAGAAAUUACAUUUACAACUAUUCCAAAUGAGCAUUUUAUUACACUGAGUGUAAACCUUGCAGUAAAUAUGACUGUUAUUUGC